CGCAGUUCAGCUUCCCACUCUUUCGCUUCUCUGAUAUAUUCGCAGUUUAAAUAUUAUCUAGUUGUCUCUGAUAUUAUUAGCCGACUCGCUCUUGUUCUGCGUCUCGUUUAUGCCGUGAUUUAAGAGGAUGUUACGAUCCGUGGGGUUAAGAAUUCUUCUGUUAAGCGUGGGGUUGGUCCUUUCAGACAAAGAUAGUUUCAAGAAAGUGGGAGACAAAGUAGUCCUAUCUCCAGGCUCCGUGUCUGAUCCCAUCACCAGCAUCACGUGGAAACAUGGCCCGGACAUCGCUGUGGAGUGGUACGGAGGUGAAAUAGUUCCGUACCGGGACUUCAGAGGUCGGUGUGAGGUGAGUACUUCCACUGGAGCGCUGACCCUCUCAAACGUGACUGUAAAGGACAGCGGCACCUACACAGCAGAGAUCAACAACAGAGUCAUGAGUCCGACUAAAAUCACUGUUCUCUCUGCUGUCCCCAAACCCACUGUCUCCAAAUCAUGCAACCCUGAGAUGACCAUCUGUACUCUCACCUGUGAAACCAGCAUCACAAAUGACACCAAACCAGUCACCUAUUCCUGGAUGAUAGGUGACAGGCAGACAGCUCAGCCUUCAAGCAACCAGCUCACAAUAGCAAAGAACGAUACAGGAUCUGUUGAAAAAUCAAUCAGCUGUCAGCUGGAAAACCCAGUUAGCAGUGAAAAGAGUGACAAUAUAAUCAUUUCAUUUGCAAGUGGUGAUUCACUGUAUUGGAUCAUACCAUUAGCGAUUGUGUUGCUUGCGUUGAUAGUGGCUGUAAUUGUCUUUUUUCUUUGCAAAAAAUACAGAAAGCGAGAGACGGUACAAUUGGUUGGGAUACAGAGUAAUGGAAGAGAUUUGUCAGUCCAAGGAACAUCAUCUUCCUCUGCGGUCCCAGCAUUAAAUUCACCCAACAAUGUAGUGACAGCUCCUCAGAUACACAAUGAAAAUGAGUUGAUGUCCGCAGAUGAUGGAAAUGAAGCAGAGACGUCAAAAACUACCUCAGAGGUCAAGGAUGAACCUAGUCAGGACCAAACACCUGCAGCAUCCACAGAUUCCAGCAGUAAACCUGACAAAGAUAGUUUCAAGAAAGUGGGAGACAAAGUAGUCCUAUCUCCAGGCUCCGUGUCUGAUCCCAUCACCAGCAUCACAUGGAAACAUGGCCCGGACAUCGCUGUGGAGUGGUACGGAGGUGAAAUAGUUCCGUACCGGGACUUCAGAGGUCGGUGUGAGGUGAGUACUUCCACUGGAGCGCUGACCCUCUCAAACGUGACUGUAAAGGACAGCGGCACCUACACAGCAGAGAUCAACAACAGAGUCAUGAGUCCGACUAAAAUCACUGUUCUCUCUGCUGUCCCCAAACCCACUGUCUCCAAAUCAUGCAACCCUGAGAUGACCAUCUGUACUCUCACCUGUAAAACCAGCAUCACAAAUGACACCAAACCAGUCACCUAUUCCUGGAUGAUAGGUGACAGGCAGACAGCUCAGCCUUCAAGCAAUCAGCUCAGCAUAGAUGAUACAGAGUGGUCUGGAAAACCAAUCAGCUGUCAGCUGGAAAACCCAGUCAGCAGUGAACACAGUGAUGAUGUCAUCAUCCCAUUCACAAGCAGUUAG